UAAGAAUCCCCAGUACUCCGAGAUGGCAGGGUCUGAUGUUUUGAAAACCCUGCUCUAUACAAUCAACACCUUACUCCAGCAGGAAAAAUACAAAGCCGCGCUUGCUGUGCUUAAAGGAUUCAGGAAUGGCGCUGUGUAUGGUGCCAAGAUCCGGGCUCCCCAUGCUCUGGUGAUGACCUUUCUUUUUCGAACUGGCAGCCUUCAGUCCAAGCUGAAAGCUAUAGCCCAGGCCACAUAUAUACACUCAAGGAACCUUGCCUACUUUGUAUUUUCAUACAAAGGACUACUGGCAUGUCAGAAGUCCAUUCAGGGAAAGUGUCUUCAGUCACAUUCAUUCUUGGCUGCUUGUCUUGGAGGUUGGCUGGUAUUUGGAGACAAUAACAAUAUCAACAGCCAGAUAAACAUGUACCUGUUAUCUAGAAUUUUGUUUGCCUUGUGUCGCCUGGCUGUGGAAAAGGGUUAUAUCCCUAAGCCUAAAAGAGACCCCUUCCCACUGUUUGCCAUGCUGGUGUGGGGCAUCGUCCUCUGGCUAUUUGAGUACCAUCCUCACACAUUGCAGCCCUCACUCCAGUCCUCUAUGACCUACCUGUACCAUGACAGUAACACAUGGCAUGACCUCUCUGAUUUUCUCAUAUACAACAAACCACAGAUUUAAGCUUGUUGAACAUUUCUUUUCUGUUAAACCACAACUAGUGAUGAUGGUCAGAAAAUUUACCAGUGACUGUUCUAAGUUAUAGUUUUGGUUUUUUUUUUAAAUGAUGGCCAUCAAAUCUGCAUUUUUUUAAAACAAUUUCCUCUAUGUAAUCCUAAUUUUAAGUGAACAUACUGUAUGAUAACCUCCUGAUUUUGUACUUUUGCACAUUAGUAAAUUGGUAAAAAAAAAGAGAACUUGAGUGAUAAUUAGCAAAAUGAAUAACAAAACACAAUUUGAACACUUAAUUGUUUAUUACAUAUUAAUUGAAUGUAUUUUAAAUAAGUGUGUAGUUAGUGGCCAUGUUAUCACUCUUUGAUAUAGGGGAAUGUAGAAGGUCCUAUUUGAGCUUUUUAACAUCAUUAUUUGUUCUGUAGCAGUGACAGCAAACAAACCAUUUCUAAACUUAUGGGUCAGUCCCUGACACUGUCCAAUCACUCAUGCAUAAUUAUUAUAUGUAUGACUUAUGGAUGGUAAAUAUUAACUGAUUUCAGUUCCUGCUGUAGCCACUCACCAGAGUGGACCAGCUUAAUUUAUGCUGACAAAUGUUCUGAAAUGGGACUUCUGUAUGAUAUAGUGUCUAUUUCAGGGAUAUUCAAUUACAGUUGAAGGUACAGCUAAUUCUUGCUUAAAAAGGAACUGAUAUGCAGCAAAUUGAUGACAUUUAAUGCUUUGUUUAAAUAAGACACAUCAUGAUAUUUGUUUCAUAGUAGUGCUUCACAUGACUGUUUGAGUAGAACGUGGACUCUGAGGAGGCGAGACAUUGAUUUUGAACUUGAAGCAGAGAAUAAAUGCACACUUCUGUGUCCACAUUUCUGUAAA